CACCUGUCGCCCGCACACGCACACACACCUUCUCCCGCCGCCGCACAUGGCUACCUCUGUCCCACACCUCAAGCCGGUCCAGGUCGAGCUGCUCACCUCGUGCAACCUAUGCUUCUUCAACACAGCCUGUACUGUCUGGGUCUCCUCGGCCUUCCGUCACUCAGUCCCGCACAUCCCUCAUCGCUCGUGCGCGCCGCUCGCCGAUGCCACCGACCUCCAUCUCAUUUUUACAGCCCAUGGCCUGACGAGGAACGCGCGUGACUUUGACAUGCUUGCCACUGCUCUUGUUGACGCUGAUCGGGAGCAUACUGCUGUUAUCUGCAUCGAUGUCGUCGGUCGCGGCGAGAGCGACUGGCUCCCCCCGUUUGCCCACUCUGAGUACGGCUACCCGCUUUACACUGCCCAGGCUGCAGCCGUUCUCGGCUGCUUUGACGCUUCCUCCGCCGGUCGCGUCUCUUGGGUCGGCACGUCGAUGGGUGGCAUCAUCGGCAUGGCGCUUGCGGCCCGCUCGUCGUGCCCGUUUACCACCCUUGUCAUCAAUGACGUUGGCCCGCUGGUACCAAAGGCUGUGCUCAAGCGUAUCGGCACGUACCUCGCCCACCGCCGUGAGCUGGCUUUUGAGUCACUCGACGAAGUCAAGGCCCACUUCAAGGACGUUUACGCCCCCUUUGGCAUCAGCUCGGAGGCCCAUUGGGACCACCUCGUCGAACACGGCGUCGUUCACUCGACCAAGCCGCCGUAUGUGCUGGCGUGCGAUCCGGCAAUCGAUACACCCAUCCAGCCGCCGUUUGAGAGUGAUGUCGACAUGUGGGCCAUGUGGGACGCUAUUGCUGUCGCCAACCCCUCACUCCGCGUCGGCCUCAUCGGCGGCUCUGACUCGGAUCUCCUUCUCCCGGACAUCCGCGACCGCAUGGCGUCGUCCGGUCCGGGCCUUGCGGCCGGCUGCGUCAUCUUUGACGGCGUCGGCCACGCACCGGCGCUCAUGACCCUCGACCAGAUCGCGGCGGUUCAGGCCAUGCUCUUUGUUGUGCCUCCCGACGACGACUCCUCGUCAGAGGCCUCCGUGCCAACCGCGCUCUCGCCACCAGCCGAGGCCGCCGUUGACGCCGGCUUGAUCCGCCCUGCUGUCCCAUAGCCGCCUCCCACCAACCACAACAACUUGUGUGAGCCCUUUCAUCUUUCAUUGUGUCACAAUCUUGCCCAGAGUGUACACCAUCAGGCCGGGCACCUGCGCAAACAGAUCAAGCAGGUCAUCGGUGUUGAUGGCCAUUACCGAGGUGCCGUCGGCGGUGGCUGAAAUUGUACAUCGCGAGGUGUGGUCCGAGAGAAUAGCGUCGGUGUCGCACACAAACGCGCCCGGAGGACACUGGAUGGAGCGCUUGGAUGAGCCCGGGAACGAGACGGUCACCUCGCCCGAGCAUACUAGAUACUGCUCGCUCGGGUCC